AUGAGUUUGUUACGUGCUAAACUAUAUUCAGUUGAAUUGGGAGCCACUCACAACGCAAACAAAAUUCAACGUAAUUCGUCUAGUAUUGCAACUCGUCACGGGUUGAUACCUGACAUGACCGUUAUUUAUAAAAAGCGUGAAGUAGAGAUUGCAGUCGUAGAAUCUUCCAAAUCAAAACUUACCGAUGAUAUUGCAAAAAAUGAGGGUGAUAAGAUUAAACUUGCGGUUCUCAGGCGUGAAGUAGAGAUUGCAGUCGUAGAAUCUUCCAAAUCAAAACUUACCGAUGAUAUUGCAAAAAAUGAGGGUGAUAAGAUUAAACUUGCGGUUCUCAUGCACGAUCAACUUACUACAAUUCAUGACGAAUUGGCAAAAGAAGAAAAAGAGAGCGAAAUAAGAAAAAUCGAAGUUUACGGAAUUUGUACAUCAAGUGAUUAUAUGAAUUUUUUUUAA